UAUCUAAUCUCUGAUCAUGCGCAACGUAGUCAAAAUUACACAAUUUUAAGAUAAAGUGGUUUUGUUUUGAGAUUAUAUAUUUGGAGAUCAAGAAGAAGAAAUAUUUAAAUAGAACAGGAACAUUCCCUUAUAUUAGACAUGAGGUUGAAACCACCACAAGUACCUGAUAAUCCAAAGAAUUUUCGAUGCUGUUUCUGUUGUCACGUUCGUACUGGAACCAUUGUCCUUGGCAUAUGGCAUUUAAUGCUGCAUUUCUUGGCAUUUGCUGUCCUGGUCAGUGUGGCUUUUCAUCCAAACCUGAUUUGCAGCAGAUUUGACCAGUGGAAUGUCUCUAAUAUUGACAAGGAGAUCAAUGUGACAACAAACACAGAAGUUCCACUUUUGUACGACUCUGAUUCUACUGCCCAGCUCCCAGAACUUCCAGACUUCAGUGCUGGACCUGCUGCUGAGUUUUUCAAAGUCAAACGUUGGGACCCACAGGAGGUCUUUGUUGCUCUGGCUGUUACAUUCUGCACUGGUGUUAUAACUUUCCUCCUUGUGUAUGGAGCAGUAAGGGCAAAGCCCAGCUACCUUAUCCCUUUCUUUUGUCUCCAAAUCCUUGACUUGAUGAUAUCUGCCCUUACCAUGGUUGGCUACUUUGCAUACUUACCAAACAUCCGAGAUAACAUCGAGAACAUGAAAGACUUGCCCUUCCAGCAGGAGUUGCUGCAAUUAGACCCCCAGCUGUUGUGUGCCCUCGUUGUGGGUAUCUUCAUGGUGUACCUGGUGGUGAAGGCUUACCUGAUGGCAGUUGUGUGGGCGUGCUAUAGGUACUUGCGAAUGAUGACUUGUCGACGUCAGGUGGAGAUACAUCCAGACACUGAUGGAGAGGUGUUGCUUCCUCCAGACUAUGAAACAGCUUCCAAGCAGCUUCCUAACCUACCCGUUUACUCCCCUUCACUUCCUCCUCCCUCUUACACUGAAGCUACCACUGCUGCUAAUACUUCUGUUGUCAUCACUGACAACAGCAAUGUGUAGCUCUCCACUAAGCUGGGACUUCAGAAUCUGCCCUGAUGGUUUGAAUUUGACUUUUGUUUUUCUUGUAUUCUAUUAACGAGUGUUUAUUAUACAUACUUACACAGUACAGGUUACCUGUGUGCAUAGUAGACAGUUAAAACUGUACUGACUUACUAAACUUCAAUAUUAUAUAAGUAUUAUAUGUCACAAAAAAUAUACAAGUUUAAUUUGUUCAAGAUGUUAGAAAAACAUGUAGGUUCAGAAAGUCUUGAUAGAAAUGAACAAAAAAACCUUAUAACCCGAGCUCUUUCAAAAGCACUCGGGUUAUAAGGCUUUUAUUAAUUUCUAUCAAGUUUAAUUUGUGUGAGCUAUUUACAACUUCCAUGAAUCAAUAAAGGUCUGAUGAACAGAGAAAUAGAAAGUAGCACAUUAAAAAAAUGUAGUGUUUUCUUGCUAUUGUCAGUCUGCCUUCUUUAGUACAAGUGUGUGAAAAUUGUUUAAUGUUUUCAUAAGUGGAAUAUUUAUAAUGUGCUAUACUUUGCAAAGUUCGUUAUUAUGAAACACAAUUAAAUCUUGCAGAUAGCAUAUUCAAUGUUUUAGUUGUAUUUAGGAAAAACAGGCCUUUAAUAGAUUGAACAGCUCUGGUAUACAUCUACAGUACUUCCUAGGAGUGAACCCUCAUCAUUUCUUUUAUGGUUUAGAAUCGAGAAAACAAAAUCUGUAUAUUGAAUUAAUGAUACUGAAUAGAAUUGGAACUGUUAUUUAUUACUUAGGUAACCAUAUUUAUAAUUUCCAAUAAAAUGAUGUCUAGUAAGUUUGGAUUUUACGUUGAAAUUGUGAGGAUGUUACAUGAAAAUUUAUAGAGGUUUUGUGAUUCUUUAUGAGCUACACUUACUAAUUAACUUAGAAGACUAAAGGUUAUUUAUAAACAUUAUAUCAGCUUAAGUCUCGGUAGGUUUUUAUUUUCUGGCAUGUAGUAUGAAACAUGUAAAAGUCAUGCAGGCUACAUAUCUGUUCUGAUCAUCUUUACACAAGUCAAUAAAAAAUAUAUUUAUAGUUUACUGAGUCAGUUUUCUUAAAGCUAGAACAUGCUCUGUACAUGCUUAUAGGCUUUACUUGAGGGGGUGUUUAAUGUAAAACAUGUUUAUAUACUUUACUUGAGGGGGGUGUUUAAUGUCAAACAUGUUUAUAUACUUUACUUGAGGGGGUGUUUAAUGUAAAACAUGUUUAUAUACUUUACUUGAGGGGGGUGUUUAAUGUAAAACAUGUUUAUAUACUUUACUUGAGGGGGAUGUUUAAUGUCAAACAUGUUUAUAUACUUGAGGGGGGUGUUUAAUGUAAAAUAUUGUUAAGGGAAUUAUAGUUUGGCAUUUGUCACAGGCUUUUUUGUUUAAUGUAAAACAUGUUUUAUGCUACAGAUUUGAUGCAAGUAUUCUAUUAAUUCUUCUUACUUUCAGUUGUUUUGUUUUUAACCUUUGAUCAAAGCAAGUUACCUACAUAGAAUGUGACCCACUCAUGAAUAGUUGAUAUACUGUACUUGCAUAUGAUAAUAAAAAUGUAUUGUAUCAUCAGUUGUCACUAUUAGCAGUAUUUUUUGAAAUCAAAAUACUUGUUAUGAGUAAAAUAUUUGUAAUUCAAUAGCUGAGUAUAAUAGAGUGGUGCCAUUACUAAAACUUGUAUACCAGGUUUCUUUACCAGAUGCGACUAAAUACGGAGGUUAACUAGAAACCAGAGAAAUCUGUAGUGUGUACUCAACUAUUUGGAUAAGAGUGUAAAGAUAUUUUCCCCCCUUUAAGUUUGAGCAGAUUAUACCAUAUUUGAUAUAUUAUUUGUAAAAAACCAAAAAACAAAUGUUUUAUAAAAAUAUAUUGUAGUUGUUGUUUUAGGUUCUGUGGGAAGUUUUUGUUUUCGUUACAACUGAAGUUUUUUUUUGUAUAGAAAAUACUUUUUUUUUCUCCCCAUUAUCUAAUACUUGUUCGUAUGUUAGGUAGUGAAAAUAUUUUUACAAAAUAAACGUGCUAGUUGACUAUACGCUUCUCCUUUUCAUUUGAUUGUUUUUUUUUUACACAAAACAUGGAUACUGUUAUUUUAUUGAACUUGAAUGGUUGAGUCACAAAAGGAUGUGUAAUGUAUUAUUUAUUUUUUAAACUUAAUACAACAGUUUUGAAAGUGUGGAAAUUAAUUAUUAUUUUCUGUGAAACUUAACUAAGAACCAGCGAAGUAAUCUACACAAGAUUUCAUUAAAUGUAUUAACCGAGCAUACAAAUAUAUAUUGUGAAAAGUAUUCAUUUUUACUUGGAUGGUGAAAAUAGCACCAAGCUAUAUCAAUAAUUGCUUUAACUUUCUUUCUACAUAUCUGUAAGAAGAAAAAGGUUGUCUGUAGAUCUUGUAGUUUACUUCUGGAGGUUAAGGUUACCGGAUUCUUCUUUUUUGAACUGAUAGCACAGUUUAAAUGGGUGUUCUGUUUCUGGGAAGUGUUUGUCAUUAUGAUAGAUUAUAGCCACUGUAAAUAACGCACAUGCUUUAAGUGUAAAGUUUGUAGUAGUUAAGAAUUUAUGAGUUGUUUAAUACAUAUAUAUAUUUUUUUUGUUGUUGUGGUAUUUUUUCUCUUGCAUUAAAUGUUUACAUAUUAUUCCCACAUUUAGAAAAUAUCUUGUUUCCAGAUUGAUCGAAAUUUUUGUAACUUUGACUUAACUGAGACAAAGAAAGGAGCAACUAAGUGCUCACUAGUAGUGUAUAAGAUGUGUUAUAUGAAGUUCAAAACUUUUAUGUAUUAUUGAAAGCAUUUCUCAAUAAAUGUUUUUGUCUUUC